CCUGUGUCUGGACAUUUUCAUAAAGCCGCAGGGAUAUUCUAUAAAUGCUGCAAUUGAAAACUUUCUUCACCAUGUUUGCAGCUUCUCUGAUUUUAAGGACAUGAUAGAAGAAGAGUGUUGCCAUGUCGCUGAAUGAGACUGGAGCCCAGACACUGGCCCCAGAGCCAUGUGAGCAGCAGAUACUACAGGAAGAAAACAACUCUGGAAGUGGGAGUGGGAGUUCCACCAGCAACCUGUCCCUACAUUGCUGGCUGCAGCUCCUUACCAGGGAAUCUAUUGUGGAAUUACAAGGAGACAGCUCCAGUUUUGUGGUGCGUGUGAUGAUAGCGUGUGUGUACUCUAUAGUCUGUGCUCUUGGGUUGGUGGGGAACUCACUGGCUCUAUAUCUGCUCCAUUCCCGCCACAGGCAGAAGCAGUCAUCCAUAAACUGUUUUGUGAUGGGGCUGGCAAUCACAGACCUGCAGUUUGUUCUGACUUUACCCUUCUGGGCCGUGGACACAGCACUGGACUUCCGCUGGCCUUUUGGCCGGGUCAUGUGUAAAAUCAUUAGCUCUGUCACCACCAUGAACAUGUAUGCCAGUGUGUUUUUUCUAACAGCAAUGAGUGUGGCAAGGUAUUACUCCAUCUCCACUGCUCUGAAGAUGCACAGUCGGAGGACAGCUGCAGCCAGGGCUAAGUGGACCAGCCUUGGGAUCUGGGCUGUCUCUCUGCUGGCUACUUUACCCCAUGCCAUCUACUCCACCAGUGCUGAGGUGUCGGAUGAGGAGCUCUGCCUGGUCCGCUUUCCAGACUCGGGCAGCUGGGAUCCACAGCUCCUUUUGGGUUUGUACCAACUGCAGAAGGUCCUCCUGGGGUUCCUUAUUCCUCUAAUCAUCAUUACUGUCUGUUACCUGCUGUUGCUGCGGGUCAUCCUCAGUCGUCGCAUUACAGGAGCAGCAGAUCCAGAGGUCACCCAAGGCCGUUUGAACCGGCGCUCCAAAGUCACCAAAUCCAUUGCCAUAGUGGUUUUGUCUUUCUUUCUUUGCUGGCUACCCAAUCAGGCUCUGACACUCUGGGGGGUUCUCAUAAAGUUUGACCUUGUUCCAUUUAGCAAGGCGUUCUACAACGUCCAGGCCUACGCCUUCCCCCUUACCGUGUGCCUGGCGCACACCAACAGCUGUCUCAACCCUGUGCUCUACUGUCUGGUUCGCCAGGAGUUUAGAGCAGGGCUCAAGGAGCUUCUUCUCCGUGCUACCCCAUCCUUCAGGAGCUUGACUCAUCUUCUGCGUCGCAAGACUAAAGUGGCUGAGGCGCCACCCGUUCUGGUGUUGGUCCAGAUGGAUGUCUGAGCGUGAUGAGGGGCAUACACUGUGACAAAGAAACUACAGGAAAGAAUGACUCAGAGACUGUACUCUGUGUAUUGAUGUGGAGCAGUUUUCUGAGGUAUUGAAUUUAUUCCAGCUUUUCCAAAAUAAAUAAAAAAAUCAAAUUUCUCUGGUUUUUGAAAACAACAUAAUCACAGUGGAUAAUGCUGAGGGAUCUGUACCAAUUUCACUGCAUCCACAAAGACUAGUUCUGCUUCUAGCCUUUGUUGUCCUGGUAGCUCUUCCUUUUAUUCUAUCUGAGAGAGAGCCCUGCUUUUUGGUAAGGAAGAUACACAGGCAACAAUCUGAAAAAAGGGGGUUUUUCUUUCUCAAGAUUGUCUCUUAGUGUUGUUCAGUCCAAAUCUAAGGCAUGUAAUAAUAAAAAAAGGGAAAAAGUUAGCCUUUUAUGUGUGGAAAAAUCGCCUUUAAAUACAAGGAAGAGAAACCAAAAAUUCAGUGAAUAUGUGUUUAAUUAAGUAAAAUGUCAAUGUAUUUUAUUUUUUAUAGGUGUAAAUGAUACAUCAGUAAUUGUUUAUUGUAUUCUGUGUGAAAAAUAUACUCAAUAAUAAAUGAAUGAAUAAAUAAAUGAAGAGCCUUGAAAAUCCUCCACAUAAUUAGGCCUUGGCAAAAUAAGUGUACAGCUGUAAGGAUACAUGUUUUCCACAAGGACCAGAAGUCCUUGAAUUUCCUACAAGAUUUGUGUCAGUACAUCUAAUCGUGCAGCAUUAUUAUAAGCCGAGCACGUACGCAGUGUGGAUUACACAGGAAUAAAAAAAAAAUAAAAAACUGCUACUCAUUUUAGCACUCCCACUUACUUCCAAUGACGGCCACACUCAACAUGGUGUUUUCUCACGGUGGCAGUAUCUUCAGAUUGAACAUGAAUAAUUUAGAUUUUUGCAUCAAACUUGCAUAAUUUUUAAACCAGGCCAUUCACUGAGAUAGAUUAGAUUUUUUGUAUUUUUCUGAACAGUUUGCUGAUAUGACAACAGCAUUUGGUUCUCUGGAAAAUAAUGCAGUUAUGCACAUGUGAGAAAUUAUUCUGUUUUAUUAAUUUCUUUAAAAAAGGGAAUCUUAAUUAUUUCAAUUAUUGGCUGAUAGUGGAAAUAAAAUUGGAAAUGAAAUCUUAAAGGCAGGUCACACUGGCAGGAGUGCAAAAACAACACUGAUGCUUGUGUCUUUAAUCUCCCAUUAAGCAGACUUAAUUUUUCUCAUUCUGUGUUUGCACCAUAGCUCUUCAGUCAAUAUCCGCAUCAAAAGUAAUCCAGGAACAGAGACGUGUGGUUUAAAUUUUUAUCACACAAAAGAAAGCUUUUCUUCUCUCAUUGUGAUGAGAUGAGGUGAAAGAAUUUGAUAUUUUCGAUUUCAUGUCACUGGCUCCCAUGCCAAAAAGCAUUUGAAAAUAUUGUUCAAAUUUACAGUGAUUUUAAGUACUCUCACAUACUCCUGGUGUGGUAAACUUCCUAUACUUUUACCAUAAACGAUUAUGAGCUAGAUGACACUGCUGGGAAAUAUAGCUUUGAUUUUAGUGCUACCAAAACUGUGCUUAUUGAUGCAAUUUUUGUAUGCCAGCUUGUGUUUUUUAUUUUAUUUUAUUCCUACUAAAAUGUAAUAAUGGACAAACUGCUCUGUGUUUUUUUUUUUUCUUUUUUGUAAUGGCUUUCACAGCCAGCAGAUAAA